GUAAUACAGGAUGAGUCAGUCAAGUGCUAUUCUCAACCAGGUUUAGAAUUUAAUCCGGUUCACAGUGUUUCUCCAGUUAAUACGGAAUCUAUUGAUCUAGAUGCAGGCAUGAACACUGAACAAACUGGGAAUGCCUCAUCUUUUGAAAACGUAGAACAUGCGAUACCAACUGAUGAAGAAGUAAUACAGGAUGAGUCAGUCAAGUGCUAUUCUCAACCAGGUUUAGAAUUUAAUCCGGUUCACAGUGUUUCUCCAGUUAAUACGGAAUCUAUUGAUCUAGAUGCAGGCAUGAACACUGAACAAACUGAGAAUGUCUCAUCUUUUGAAAACAUUGAACAUGCGAUACCAACUGAUGAAGAAGUAAUACAGGAUGAGUCAGUCAAGUGCUAUUCUCAACCAGGUUUAGAAUUUAAUCCGGUUCACAGUGAUUCUCCAGUUAAUACGGAAUCUAUUGAUCUAGAUGCAGGCAUGAACACUGAACAAACUGAGAAUGUCUCAUCUUCUGAAAACGUAGAACAUGCGAUACCAACUGAUGAAGAAGUAAUACAGGAUGAGUCAGUCAAGUGCUAUUCUCAACCAGGUUUAGAAUUUAAUCCGGUUCACAGUGUUUCUCCAGUUAAUACGGAAUCUAUUGGUCUAGAUGAAGACAUGCACGCUGAACAAACUGAGAAGACUUCACUAAUGGAACAUGAUGUAAAUAAUGAUAUGUCUAUUGAGGGAUCAAUCCGCACAGAUGCAGUGGACAGGUUAGCUGAACCAGGUAUGGAAUAUAAUUACUUGUCAAAUGAGUCACAUUUUACUUCAGGAUUAGUGUUUGGUGAAGAAACCACUAAAAAUACUGACGCUGAACAACAUACUGAAGAUCUGAAUAUAGGUAUUCAUCAUGAACAAAUAAAUGACACUGAAACCAUGAUUACACUUGAAGAAUCAGUUGAUAAACUACAAAAUUCACAAAACUCAACUUAUAUAAAUGAUUAUAAUGACCAACAUCAAAAUUCUGAAUUAUCAUACCAUGAAAAUCAGACUGAUAGUUCACUUAAUUCAGAUAUCACUGAUGUAAUCACUUCGGAAAAUAUACACACUAAUUUGAUAAAUGCAAAUAAUCUACUACAACAACAGGAUGUGUUCGAUUCAAUGUCAGUGAAUGAUGACAAUGAUAUCACUAGGAAUUUAGAAAAUUCUAAAAAUAUAAAAAAUCAUGAAUUCGAAGAUGAAGCUCAGUCUUUGGUUCAAUCUGUUUUAAACACUGCAAAAGAAUAUGUUUUCAAUGAGAAUAAUUUUGAAAGCCAUCACAAUAUUAAUCCCACUGAUACAAAUAUGCUAACAAUUAAUAAUGAUAAUCUUAAUAAUAAAGAUGGUGAUACUAAUGAAGAAGAUACUAUUGAUAUAAAACAAGACAUGACAAUGAAAACAUCAAUGGAAUUCGACCAUUCAAACCUGUCUGAAUUAAAUAACCAAUUUUUGAACAACACAAAUGAUUUUUCUAUCGCUUAAUCACAAUAUGAUACACAUCUUUUGUCAUAAUAUUAUUUGUAUACACAUUAAAAGAAACAAACAGAAGCAUACAUGUGUAUGUAUGUUUAUUCAUUAUUCAAGUCUUUUCACAUUUAAUAAGUUCCAUCAUGAUAAUUGACAUCAUAACGUAAGUUAGAUCAAUGAAUAUGACUGACUAAUAUAUAUAGAUAUAUAUAUAUAUAAGCUAACCGUGUCAUAGUUGCUGUCACUGUUACUGACUUUGGUCUUCUUUUCACAUUACAAUAAUCUUACUUAAAUACCCCAUUUUUGUAUUUUCAUGCAUUUUCUUAUUUGAAAUAACCGGAGACUAGAAAAAUCUUAACUUCCCAAACAACGAAGCAGUUUGUAAUCAUUAUAAUGCAUACAGCUAUUCGACAGUGUUUUUGUUCUAACUGUUUUGUAUUAGGACAAAAGCAUAUUGAUUUUUUUAUUAUAGAGAAUUAAAAAAAUCAGUUUUUGCUAUGCAUGUCAAACCAAUGUUUACUUUAUUUUCAAUACUUAAUGAGUUAGUUGGCUGCUACUGAGCAAAUGAAUAUAUAUGUAUGGAAUAUCUUUCUUUCUGAAAAACCAUCAUAUUUUUACUCAUUUUAAUUUCAAUGCUUACUUACCUUUUUUUCCAAUAAUCAAUAAAAAUUAUGUUUAAAAGCAAAAAUCAAAAACAAAACAUUUAUCAAAUAUAGUGCCAGCUUUGUUGUGCUACAAUACACAGCAUGCUUAUAAUUUUGUCCUAUUUUUUUAUCGAUAAAUAAAAAAAAUGAUCGUCUUAGUCAAUUAAUUGUUAAAAAUUAAUAUGAUUAAUCAUUAUUAUGAAAAAAGAAACAAUUACGUUGAUUAUUACAAUAAUUUAUUGUUUUUGAUGUUAUUUGUGUUUUUGUUUUCUUAUCCUGUGUAUGUGUACGUUAUUAAAUCUACUGAUUCAACAGGCAUCAUUUUAUCAUAAACGAAACCAAUAAUACGUGAUAUUGUGUGCAUGCAUGUAUGUAUACUUGAUCUGGAUUGAUUUUACUAUUUAGUAUGUACCGAUAAUGAUAAAUAUGAC